AUCCCGGCCGAGCCGCCCACACGGCGGGGCGGCGGUGAGCGCGGCGAGGGCGCCGAGGGCGAGCGGGGGAUCCGCUGCCAUGCGAUAAGGGCGCGGGGACCCAGCGCCCUCCCUGCGCCCCUUCGCCCUCCCGCUCCUCGGCGCCGGGGGGCAGGAGGCGCCGCCGGCUGCCGUACCCCCCUGCCCCGGGGAGCGCGGCCCCCGCCUGAGGGAAUGAAACUUUAACAAGAAGUCUAUGGUAAAGCCUGGCUAACAGCAAGAGAGGCAAGGUGUAGAAGAAAUGCCUUGAUGACAAGUUCUAUCAUCUUGUAAUGGAAGAUGGAAGACAAAGGAGCUCGUGUUGCUGACUACUUUGUUGUCGCAGGAUUAACAGAUAUUUCAAAACCACUAGAGGAAGAAAUCCACUUCAAUGAUGCUUGCCAUAAAAUUGCUAAACCAAAAGAACCUAUUACAGAUGUAACAGUAAUUAUUAAAUCCCUAGGGGAGGAAGUUCCUCAGGGAUAUAAAUGCAUAGAUGUUACUCCCUCAGGACUGUCUGCAGAUCUCAAUAAUGGCAGUCUUGUAGGACCACAGAUAUACCUUUGUUAUCGCCGGGGAAGGGAUAAACCCCCACUUACUGACUUGGGGGUCUUAUAUGAUGGGAAAGAAAGAUUAAAGCAAGGUUGUGAAAUAAUUCAAGCUACUCCAUAUGGUCGGCCCGCUAAUAUUAGUGGCAAUGCCUCGUCACAAAGAGUGUAUGUCACUUACCGAAGAGCAUCCGAAAACAUGGCACAAAACACGUUGGCUGUUACGGAUAUAUGUAUAAUCAUACCAAGUAAAGGAGAAACCCCGCCACAUACGUUCUGCAAAGUUGACAAGAAUCUUAAUAAUAGUAUGUGGGGCUCAGCUGUGUAUCUGUGUUAUAAAAAGUCUGUGGCAAAAACCAACACCAUAUCAUAUAAAGCUGGUUUAAUAUGCAGAUAUCCUGAAGAGGAUUAUGAAUCAUUCCCAUUACCAGAAUCUGUGCCUCUUUUUUGCUUACCUAUGGGUGCAACGAUCGAAUGUUGGCCAUCUAACAGUAAAUACCCUCUCCCAGUUUUUUCUACAUUUGUACUAACUGGAGCUUCUGCGGAAAAGGUAUAUGGUGCUGCUGUUCAGUUCUAUGAAUCGUAUCCAGAAGAGAAUCUUACAGAGAAACAAAAAUCUCAACUGGGAUUAACAGCUGCUGUUGAGGGAAAGUCAGAUGCGUGCAGAACAGUUCAAACAAACAAGUGCAUUUGUUUGCUCUCCCACUGGCCUUUCUUUGAUGCUUUCAAGAAGUUUCUUACCUUCCUGUAUCGUUACUCCAUUUCUGGUCCUCAUGUCCUGCCCAUUGAGAAACAUAUUUCUCAUUUCAUGCAUAAAGUUCCUUUUCCAUCCCCUCAGAGGCCAAGAAUUCUAGUGCAGCUAUCUCCACAUGAUAACCUGAUUCUUAGCCAACCUGUAUCAUCACCCCUUCCACUGAGUGGGGGCAAAUUUUCUACACUACUUCAGAACCUAGGACCUGAAAAUGCAGUAACUCUACUUGUGUUUGCUGUGACGGAACAUAAAAUUCUCAUCCAUUCAUUACGACCUUCUGUCCUUACUAGUGUGACAGAGGCAUUAGUCUCUAUGAUAUUUCCCUUCCACUGGCCUUGCCCAUAUAUUCCUCUCUGUCCCUUGGCACUGGCAGAUGUAUUAAGUGCGCCAUGCCCGUUCAUAGUGGGAAUUGAUUCAAGAUACUUUGAUCUUUAUGACCCUCCACCAGAUGUUAGCUGUGUUGACCUAGAUACCAAUACCAUUUCUCAGACUGGAGAUAAGAAAGCUAUUGCCUGGAAGAUCUUACCAAAGAAACCUUGCAAAAAUCUGAUGAACACUUUAAAUAAUUUAUAUCAGCAACUGGCAGAAUUGCAGCAAAGACCAAGAGAAGAUGCAUUAAUGGAACUAGCAAUGAAUGACUAUGAUUUUAAUUCUGGGAAGAAAUUACAUCUGUUAGAUUUGGAGAUCCAGGAAGCGUUUUUGUGUUUCAUGGCCUCAAUACUAAAAGGUUAUAGGUCCUACCUGAGACCAAUAACAGAGGCACCCUCUGAAACAGCCACAGAUGCAAGUUCCCUCUUUGAACUACAAGGUUUCCUCAAAAGUAGAGAUCGCUCACAUCAGAAGUUCUAUACAUUGAUGACCAAAACUCAGAUGUUUAUUCGCUUCAUUGAAGAGUGUUCUUUUGUCAGUGAUAAGGAUGCAAGCCUUGCAUUUUUUGAUGACUGCGUAGAUAAAGUAGAUAUGGACAAAACUGGGGAAACACGGCUUAUAGAGCUGGAUGAGUCAUACAAGAGUGAGCAUACAGUUUUCAUAACACCACCUGAGAUCCCUCAUCUGCCAAAUGGUGAAGAGCACCCUCUACAAUACAGCUAUAAUGGGUUUCCAGUAUUAAAACUAGAUUUGUUUGAACGACCUGAAGGAUUUCUUACAACACCUAGUAACAAACUGUCCUCAAAAACCAGUAGUCCCAACAGCCCAUCACCGAUGUUCAGAAGAACUAAGCAGGAAAUUAAAUCUGCACAUAAAAUUGCUAAGAAGUACUCAUCUAUACCACAGAUGUGGUCCAAGUGUUUGUUACGUCACUGCUAUGGUCUUUGGUUUAUCUGCCUGCCUGCAUACGUGAAAGUGUGCCAUUCAAAAGUUAGGGCUCUGAGAACUGCGUAUGAUGUCCUACAAAAAAUGCAUACGAAAAAAAUAGAUCCGCCUGAUGAGGUGUGCUACCGAGUACUUAUGCAACUGUGUGGACAGUAUGGUCAGCCUGUGCUAGCAGUGAGAGUACUUUUUGAAAUGCAGAAAGCUGGCGUUGACCCUAAUGCCAUUACUUAUGGCUAUUACAAUAAGGCUGUUUUAGAAAGUACAUGGCCUUCAAGCAAUCGAGGUGGCUAUUUCCUAUGGAUGAAGAUAAGAAACGUUGUUUUAGGAAUAGCACAGUUCAAAAGAGCAUUGAAAAAACUGCCAGCAAGCACAUCACAUACGGCCCUUCCUGACUUUAGCAACAACACAACAUUCAAAGAAGAAAUCAGGCAAGGGAAAACUUGUCUUCAAGAUAUACAAGAACAAAAAGAAGACAAGAGAGAGAGUGACUCCAGUUCUUUGUCUGAAGUGGAGAGUGCAAAAGGGAGUGGUGACUGUCUACCUAAACUAAAUUACCAUAACUCAAGUAAUGCCAAAGCUGCUUCUAGCAUAGUGCGGCUCAAUGGUACUGUUGACAAUACAACAGCAGAAGCUAGCACUGGGAGUUCUGCAGGAUUGCUGUUUACAUCAUCUUUUGAGGAUGCCAAUGAAGCAGAAGUUAUAAAAAGUAAAUCCUUAAGAAAGAGACAUAAAAGUGCGGUAGAACCUGACUUGAGGGAGAUACCAUGGGAAAGCAGGAACCGCAAUCUGAGUGGAGAUGGCUUAGUGGGACUCAUGAUCAAUAGAAUAAAUCAGGAAGCAAACCCUGGAGAAAUAGUUGAAAAACUAGGAGCUGAUGCCAAAAUCCUAUCUAGUGCAUUACAGAAAAGCAUAAGGCCAAAAACUCUUAAUAUCAGAACUUCCUCUUUAGGAUCUAAGAGAGAGAGUCUGGAGAAAGAAUCUAGUGAUGAAGAUGCAGCUUUUGAUUGCAGUUUUACAGAUAAAACAGAGUCUCCAGUUAUCUUCGAUUUGGAAGACUUGGAUGUUGAACCUGAAACAUCUACAACAGUGAAGUCCUCCAGUGAAAAACCUAAAAGACUGCAACGAAAGAGCAGCUUUCCAGUAAAGCCAGUUGAAAAGACAGAUGUUGAGACUGGAUUUGAUCCACUGUCCCUGCUAGUUGCUGAGACAGAACAGCAGAAAGAGGAUGAGGAAGAGGAUGAUGAUAGAAGUGUUUCAACCCCAUCUGCAAGGCGAGAUUUAGCUGAAGAAAUAGUCAUGUAUAUGAACAACAUGAGCAGUCCUUUGUCAAGUCGUGCCCCAAGCAUUGAAUUGCAAAAACCCUUUGAUGAUAGAAGUGCUAAUAAAAAGAGCCCAACAGUCAUCCACCCUUGUAGGAGGUCCAGCCUUCCCCCAAACUCCCCAAGGCCUUCCAGUCUUACCAAAUCCAAGAGUUAUCACAUGAAAACUGAAGAAAAGCCGAGAGAUAGGCUUUGGUCCUCGCCAGCAUAUUCGCCAAACAGUCCAGCGAAGGAACAUCCACAGGAAGCAACUAGUGCAUUAACACUUGUGUCUUCACCAUCAUUCAACCUGGAUACGCUGUUAACACCUAAAUUUGAUGUUCUAAAAAGCAGCAUGUUUUCUGCUGGAAAAGGGGUUGCAGAGAAGGCUAGCAAGUGGUACUCGAAAUUUACAAUGUAUGCUGCAUCCUCCAAGGAUCAAAAUUCAGACCGAGCAAGUGUUUCAUCUCUUGGAGCUCUAGAUUCAGAAUCUACUUCGUUAACUGAUGAAGAUGUCUGCAAUGACUUUGAAAGUGCUUCUCCUCAGGAGAAUACCACGUCAGAAAUUAAGGGAAUUGGCCUAAGCAGGACAAGCCUAGAAAGCUCAGCUUCCCACGAUGGCUCAUCAAAGCAAUUUGACCAGUGUGGUUCUCUUUCCAAGUUUCCUUUACCUGACAAAUCUGAACUGAUAUCUUCUUGCAGUACCAGUAGUACCAGUGUGUUUCAGAACUACGCUAUGGAGGUCCUUAUCUCAAGCUGUUCGAGAUGCCGAACUUGUGAUUGUUUGGUUCAUGAUGAAGAAAUUAUGGCAGGUUGGACAGCAGAUGAUUCAAAUCUCAAUACUACAUGUCCUUUCUGUGGCAAUUUAUUUCUGCCCUUUUUAAGCAUAGAAAUCAGAGAUCUUCGGCGACCUGGAAGGUAUUUUCUGAAGUCCAGCCCAUCUACAGAAAACAUUCAGUUCCCAUCACUUUCUUCAAAUCAAAGUGGGAAGUUCUGUAACACGGCAGCUACUGUUGGCCUUGCUACCUCUCUGAUGUCUGUUCAAGAGGAUUUAAAUUCAGAUAGCAAAUCUAAGCAGCAUGACAGUAUUUGUGCCAGAAGUAUCCAGAUCCCCUCAGGAAGAAGACAAAAUGUCUCUGGGUCAGAAUGUACAAGUCACCCUGUAGCAAGGAGCAUCAGUACUUUCGGUCCAUUGGAAGAGGAUGAGAAGGAAAACCAGAAGAUCAGCCAUAUCAUUCCUACUGGUAGCCUGCCUGCUACUUUGCAAGGACCAACAGAUUCCUUGGGCCUAGAAUGGCGCUUACCUAGUCCUGAUCCUAUAACGGUUCCUUACCUCAGUCCUCUAGUGGUAUGGAAAGAGCUUGAGAGCUUACUCGAAAAUGAAGGAGAUCAUGCAAUAACAGUGGCGGACUUUGUAGACCAUCAUCCCAUUGUGUUCUGGAAUUUGGUGUGGUAUUUCAGACGCUUGGACUUGCCUAGCAACUUACCAGGAUUAAUUCUUUCUUCUGAGCACUGUAAUAAAAACUCAAAGAUUCCACGAAACUGUAUGUCAGAGGACAGUAAAUAUGUUCUUAUUCAGAUGCUAUGGGACAAUAUGAAAUUGCAUCAGGAUCCAAGGCAGCCUCUGUAUAUUUUGUGGAAUGCUCAGACCCAGAAGUACCCAAUGGUCCAUUUAUUGCAAAAAGAUGAUGAUUCUUUUAAUCAGGAAAUCCUGAAAAGUAUGGUGAAAAGUAUUAAGAUGAAUGAUGUGUACGGACCAAUGAGCCAAAUAUUGGAGAGACUGAACAAAUGGCCACAUGUUAAAAGACAGAGGAGCCUUUAUAGAGAAAUAUUAUUUCUUUCACUUGUUGCCCUAGGAAGAGAUAACAUAGAUAUAGAUGCUUUUGACAGAGAAUACAAAAUGGCCUAUGAUCGUCUCACAGCUAAUCAAGUGAAGAAUACUCAUAAUUGUGAUAGACCACCAAGUACUGGAGUGAUGGAAUGCAGAAAGAUUUUUGGAGAACCAUAUCUUUAAAUAUACCUAGAUAAAGAGGAGAUAUCUAUGGUGUAUACCUGUGUAAAAUAACCACUUCAGUCACAAGGAACAUCUCAGUCUUCAGUGUUCAAGAACGUAUGUACGAGUGUACCGUGGUAGACGGCCUUGGAAAAAUUAGGCCUAUCUACAGUUGUGGAAAUGGACAGAGUGAAACAUGGGCCAAAUAUUAUUUCCCUGUCCUUUGCCCUUAGUGCAAAUCAAUGUAUAGAAAGGAAGAUUCUAAACAAAAUAAGUUUUCUAACUUGGGACAACAUAUUACAGUUCCCUUAUUUAAAAAUAAAAAAAAAUGAUAAAACAGGUGGACAGAAACAAUGCACUGAAACUAACAUGAGCAAAGCAAAUUUUUCGAAAUCUAUUGUUUACAUAGAAUAUUCAUGAUGUUAUGAAGAGCAUACAAAGUUGUAUUAUACAUAUUUUAAAUUGUUUAUAGUAAGUUGAUAUUUUUUUAUUUUUUUUUAAUUACUGGAGUGAAUUUUAAAUGGACUUGCUGAAUAAGCAAUACAGUGCUUAUUUGUUUUGCAGGACACUGCUAUUUAUAGUAACUUGUCCAGUUACUUUUGAAGAGUGAUUUUUUUUUUAAAGCAGAAUAGAAGUUGUAAACCUUCACCUAGACAGUACUCUAGAUACAGGAUUUCUCUCAUGCACACAUGGAAAACGUGUUACCACAGCAAUCAGAAGGAAGGUGUGGUGAAUUUCUGUAGAACUCUACUAACAACACAGUGAUCUCUGUAAAACAAUUCUGUAGGAAUAUCUUUCUCUCCUGUUUCCCUUGCUCCCCACUCCCCAGUAAAGAGAGAGUCUGUAGCAUAUUGAAGAGUCCUACAGAUGAUUUUAUGGCAUCAAUGCAUCUCAGCAGUUGAUAUUUGCUAACGUGACCUCAUUACAGAUAUGAUACCAAGCAAAUAACAGCAUGCAAGAAGUUCUUCAUCAAAAUGCAGUGUUCAGAGUCUUGGUGGAUGUGUUUGAAACACACUAAAUAUGGCGCAUAUAUAAUGCUAAUCCAAAGCUUUUAACUACAGUAGAUAAAGCAACCUUGCUACAGGGAAUAUAUAGGGAAUGUAACUUAUUGUGGCAUAUUGUGAAUAGUUAAAUGUACUUGGAAUGUCUAGUCUUUCUUUGACAGGCAAAACAACUUUUUUUUUUGUGAAGAAUAAUAAUGCUAUGUCAGUCCUUGUGGUGGAGUCAUGGCUUUUUGAAUUAUGUUUUCUUGUUUUAGAGAUUUCAAAAAAAAAAUGCAUUCUCCAUCACAUAGCAACUUCACACCAGAAGGCAGGCUUACAGAGAAAAUAUCAGAAGUCUUGUAUGGAGGUGGGAAAAGAGCCAUUGAAUUGUAUAAAAUGCCCUAAACAAAUUAAGCUAGGCUUUAACAAAUACCUUUUAUUUUUUUCUGUAAUGGUUCCCCAGUUAUAAUUUCUUUUAGUAGUUGUUGUUGUAAUAAUUCUAGAUAUUUAUCUGUUCCUGUAGAUUUUGUAUCUUGGUCUGCUUACUAGCAGGUGUUUUUUUUAAUAAAACAUCUUCAGUUUGCAAGUGUGAUAAUACAGCAAUAUGUAGGUAGCCUGAAAGGACGUAAACUUUAAAGCUCACAUUUACUUUAUUAAAUGAAAUAGUGAGCCUCUUAGCAGCACUACUUCUCAUCUAAGCCUCUAUGAUGGUCUAUGUAACUUCUUCCCAGUCCACUCUAAAGUAGUAAGAAGCUGCUGCCCUAGGGAGAACAGACUUAAAAUUUGUAGAGCUGAGGUAUACACUGGUGCUAAUUGCAUCUUGAAGUAAAUGCAGUCUUGCUGGAUACAGCUUUUGUUGGGUAAUGAAUGCCUCUUCUCUAGCCUGCUGCUAAUUAUGUAGCUGAGUUUUUGGGGUUGUUUUUUUAAAGUUCCCCCCACUCUGAGGUGGAGCUGGCAAUGUUACACUUACCAAUGUUUUUCACAUUUAAUUUAUUUUAACAAUUUGUGAUGCUCUCAUUUGUACUGCCACACUUGUAAAGUAUUCCUCAUGCAUGAGCUAUAGUUACUUUUUCACCCGGGUACAUUAUUAACUAUCAGUGUAGAGUGAACACGUACCCACUUCAUUCUUCCAAGGUAUUGUGAAAAAUACCAGAUUAUGUUUUAACAUUCAUUGUAAAUAUCUUAGUGUGCAUGUAUGCUCUGCUCUGUACAGUAGCUACACUGUAUUUACCAAGUAAAAGCUGCAUACAGUAGUUGCUGUGUAUAUAAACUCAGACACAUUUGUGCUGUGUACAGUGUAGUGCUCCCAGCUCUCUGCAGUUUUGUUUCCCACAUCAUUUACCACUUGGGGCAGCCGCUGUUUUAUAGUACCUUCAAGCCAUGAAGGAAAGAAAGCAAAUGCUUUUUCCAGAGCUGCUGUGGCGUGUUAGAGGUACUGAGCUAUGAAGCAAGCUUUACACACUCUAUUUUAGUCUGGCAGAAGCAACUGAGCCUUGUCUCUAACCGCCUCUCAUUUACUAGGACAUAACGCUGUAACCGUGUGCUAGCACAAGAAUAGAUGCAACACUUGUAAUCACUGCCACCAUUCUAGUCCCGACUUAGCUGUAAGUACUUCCAACUGUCUUCGUAUUUAUAAUGCCAAGUUUGCAAAUUCAUUCAGAUAUCAACAGUCUGUCAGUAUUAUCAGAAGAGUAUAUGCUGUAUCAUGAACAGGAUUUGUGUACACAUCAUUAAGAUAAACAAUCUCGCAUCCUCAGAGUUGCACUCCUGAAGCAUUGCUGAUGUUUAUUUGGGUGUGCUUUUAAAUUAGUAUCAUGUGGUAGUCCAUCAAGUGAAAUCAUUAUACUUAAUGAAUUGUUUUAUAAAGUCUGUUGCAAGUCAGUCCACUGUACAAAUAUUAUAAAAGAUGUAGUUGGAAUAGUUGUUAUACUUUAAGUGGGAAAUUUUCCUCAUUCAUAUCACAAUAAUGUUCAAAACGUAGGUCCUGGGUGUAUAAUUUUUAAGCAUCAUACAGUUCAAUGUUGAAACAGUUUUCAAAUCUCACUGUCCUUUAUUAGAAAAGCAAUUUGAGUAUAUUUUCCAGUACCGCACAGAUGGAUAAAUAUUUGAGACAUAUUUUCAAUUUAAGAUUUUGUAUGAACUGAAUUUUCUCCUUUUGUGUACUAAAUAACGCUUCUGUCAAAAACCUUAAAGGUUUUACAUUUGCAGUGCAAUAUAUAUUUUGCUUUACUUAUGGUUCCACUGGAAUAAUUAUCGGAGAUGAAAUAGUGAAAUGUGAAUAGAAAUCGUGCUGUUUCUCUGACACUGCUAUUUCCCAUGUUGAGGUUUGCUGUUGGUACAGUUACAGCCUGAUGGAUUAGAUUUCCACUGACUCGUUAAGCGAUUUGUACCCCAAGAAAAAGGCAAUUUCUGCAUGUAAAAUCUUCGUAUAACAAAUGGGAGAUGCAAACAGUAAUAAUAGAGAAAGGUAUUUCUGGAAGUUAUCUCAUUGCAAUUUAAAAAUGGUACUUUGUUAGUCUGCAAGCAGCACUUUUUAAAUGAAUGGUUGUAGAUUUGUAAAUAUGUAAUGUUUAAAUUUUAUUUACCAAAAAUACAGUAUGUUGGAUGUUUGCUUUGGUUUGUAGUUCCUUUAAAAUAUGCAAGUCAGUGUUCACAAUGUUAAUUUUUUUUGUCUCAUCCAAAAAAGUUUUACAGUGAGUCAAUAAAAAGCUUAAAAUCC